UUAUUUACAAUGAGUGACUGAGUGAGGAUGUCAAUGUCCAAAAUAUCCAUAUCUAUUACAUCAACCCUAAUAUCAGUGUGAAACUCAAUUAGUCGUAGUUAUCUUUAUAUCGGUUCCUACCUGUACCAGGUGCUCAGAAAAAAACGGAUGAGUUACACAAAGUCGUUUGUGUGUAUUUGCUAUAUUAUUGCAAUUUGUAGUCAAAGUCGCAGCACUGUGAUCCUGACAAGAGACAACAGAAUUAUCAGAAAUUGACACAUGAUACUGGUGAUACUGAAGCGUGUGUUUUUGCUUGUGACUGUAAUGCGAAUACAUAGCAACACGCACACACGCACACCACCCCGGAAUUCUGCAACUGCAUCUAGAAUUAAGUACAUGUAUAUAGGCUUUUUAUAUAGCGCACAUAUCCAGACAACUAGUACAUGCUCAAGGCGCUGGUAUAUAUUGAUUGUCUACUCUCACCAACACCUGUAUGCACCUGGUUUCUGAGAAGUAAGUCCCUGAAGUUUUCCGGGAACUGGAUACCCUAACACAGUCAUGUUUAUCACUGUAUUCACAAAGCGAAAGUGCAACCGUUAAACCGAAUGGAAUGUCAGGGCAUAGUGACAUUGUAUUAUUGUGUUUGUGUAGCCAUCGAAAUCUAUUGACAAAAGCAGGUAAAGCGUCAAAUUACCUUUACGGUCGAUGCAUGGUGCAUGGAUAAAUUUUUGUUCACCGCCGCAUUCAUUCUGAGGCGUGAGAAGGAAUGUACUACUUACAGAUAUCACUGUACCCCAUCCUGUUUAACAUGAACCUAACGAAUCUUGGAGAAUUGUCCUUGUUAUUAUGGGUUAUAUUGCUGUAUAACACAACCACAGCUGAACGUAACCUCAUCCCCGUGAGCAUCUCGUGUCAUUCGACAGGCUGUCUUGAUGUUGAUGAUGAGCUCUUCUCACAAAGUCUUCAUAUAGGCAAUAUGACCAUCACUGUUGACAAAGAUGAACCUGGGGUAACAAACUCUAGCGACCUCUGGAAUAUUUCGGUCAUUGGCAACUUCAGCCGAAAACCAUUUCUGGAAGGAAAAGGACACGUUGACUGUAGCUUGGUAUUAACGGAUAUCAAGUGUGACAUUAGUGGUUAUUUUCAUGGGAAAUACGAGAGCCAGUCCUACACACCACACAUUGAAUAUGGCGUGGUCAACAAAACAAUUCGAAAAACACCCCAGAUGCUGAUAUGUGAGGUUGUGUCCGGUCCCACGGCCAGGCAGAUGAGAUGGCAAAAUAUGACGGGCGGGGAUUUUGAGGAUAUACUCACACAAACAAAAAGACAAACUGAGCCAUGUCUUGUACGUACAACCAGCAAGUUGAAGUACAGGAGUAAUACACAAUAUCGGUGUAUGUUCGAGGAAAUAGAAGUGGGUUCUAUCACGGUUGAAGACAUCAAUUCAGGAACGGAAAUAGAUCUGAGCAUCCAUUUCUUCUUGUCAUCCAUCACUAUUCUGUACGCACCGUUCCUGUUACAUCAACUACUGCCCACUGGUCUUCUGUCACGACUGACUUCAAAUUGUCCAGAAAACCUGCUACCGAAGGUGAUGGCAGUUACAGCGUGGAUUCCUCUGAUUUUGUGUGCGAUGUUCGGCGUUUGGUGGACCAUAUUGUGUCUGAUUUGGGGAACUACAGACUACCUACGCUUCGUCAUCCUCGAGGUCAUCUUUUAUGGUCUACACUCCGUUGCCCAUAUAAUUUGCAGCCUACGAGACAAUUGUACAUACUGGACACAUCUAGACAAAUGGAGGCGAGCUCUGUGUUUUGCGGCAUUCAUCAACCCGGUUAUUUGCUGGGUGGCGAUGAGAGGUCAAGUAGAAGUCACCACAGCCCUUGGUAAGUCAAUUUUCAGAGAUUGCCUGGUGGUUCCUGACUGUCAUCUGUACCAUCGUGCAAGUGAAAACCCAGUUCUCGCAGAUACAUCGACCAAGUUCACCAGCAGAAACAUCGACUCAGUUCACCAGCAGAAACAUCGACCAAGUUCACCAGCAGAUACAUCGACCAAGUUCACCAGCAGAAACAUCGACUCAGUUCACCAGCAGAAACAUCGACCAAGUUCACCAGCAGAUACAUCGACCAAGUUCACCAGCAGAAACAUCGACCUAGUUCACCAGCAGAUACAUCGACCAAGUUCACCAGCAGAAACAUCGACUCAGUUCACCAGCAGCUACAUCGACCUAGUUCACCAGCAGAAACAUCGACUCCGUUCACCAGCAGAUACAUCGACCUAGUUCACCAGCAGAAACAUCGACUCAGUUCACCAGCAGCUACAUCGACCUAGUUCACCAGCAGAAACAUCGACUCAGUUCACCAGCAGAUACAUCGACCAAGUUCACCAGCAGAAACAAUGAUCCAGCGCAAGUAAACCUAAAAUGACAUCCCUCAGGGGAACACUGUCCCCGAAACAGCGUAAAAGGCAGAAUGGCGGUGACAAUUGAAUGAAGUAGUCACAGAACAUGGGAUGCGAGCCUGUUGUAUGGUGUAAAAGACAAAAAUGGCCUCACCAUCUGAUGUAUUUAGUGAUGACGUAUAUCAGAAUUCGAAGCUUGGAAAUUUCGCAUUUAUAUUUAUGAUGACGUCAUAUCCUGUGUCAUGCUCUUUGUCGUGUAAUAUGUCGGAAGAAGUGCCUAUAAGUCGAUAAUGAUCGAAUUGUUAUAUUCCAUGAUUGCUACAUUGAACUGAGUUGAGUUGAGUUGGGUCUUACGUCACAUCGGCAUUAUUCCAGCCAUAUAGUGACGAGAACAAGUUUGCAUUAAUAAACAUUGUAAGUACA